AUGAAGAGAGAGAGAGAGAAGAAGAGUGUUACUCAGGAGCUGACAGAGAAGGAGGGAAUUGAGGCCUUAUUCAGGUCUCAAAUGCGCUCCAUGAUCCAGGACAUUGAGAAGGCAGCCCUGCUCUCUGAGCAUGUCAAUCUGCUUACUGCUGAGAUGGAACCUGAGACAGCAGACCAGAAAAUGCAGAAUUUUGAGAUGCAGAUUGACCUGGCUGAGAAGAAGCAGUGA